UGACGAGAUAGUACGACGUCGUUUGAGAUAUCUAGGAAGAAAACUGGGUAUCGGCUUCAUGCUGCUUUUGUCCGGUCCUCUUCGCCUACAGCUACGUUCUUCAUCGCUGAACCGCCGCCCAUUUUAUGCUAGCUGCGUCUCCGUCAGCGCUUGCAACACAAAUCUCCACCGGACCCUGGAUUUGCCGUCAAAGUUCAAAUCGUUAGAAAUUGAAUUAUGAUGUAUGUUUAAAUUUCCAUGCCUUAUUGUCAAGCAAAACAACAGAGGCACCACACAACGACCCUUUUGUUUUUGCUGGAGAGUCAGAGUUUAGAUUAGACUCGCGGCCAAUGAAUAGAUUAGAUCCUGCUCCAUACACCGCUGCUUUGCCAUCGCCGCAUCCUCCUCUGCCGCCUUUCCCUCCGCCUUCCAGAGCUUUCUGGGAACCCGCAAAUGUGAUCGAUCGCCUCAAAGAACUACACGAGACUAUCAAACUCGCCCAAGCUCUGGAAAAAGAGCUAGAGGUGAUUGUUAGGGCGAAAGCUAUAAAAGGAGAUUCCGAGGGUUUGGAGAAUUUGUCCACAUCCGAUGAGGAGUUUUUCAAGUUGCUAUAUAUUAAUAAAAUAGAUUUCAAGUGCCAAGAAUUGCUCUCAUUGGAAGCUGCAAAUGCAUUGAUAUCAAAGUUGAAAACUCAGCUUGAGCCAUUUCGGGUUGUUGCUGAUGAUAGGAGUCCAUGGGAAGAAAAAUCCAGGGCUAUCAGAUUAUGUGACCAACUGCAAAAGUACAAACGCAACAAACUUUGGAGGAAAAAGAAGAGGAAACGUGUUGCAGAGAAAUUAGCUAUGGAGAAAGAGAAAUUUGAGCAAUUGGAUAGAGAAGCUGAUGAGUGGAUGGCUAGGGAAAUAGCAAAGGAUGUUGCUAAGCAAAAGGUUGCGAAGAUGAAGGAGAUAGCAAAGCUGAAAGAGAAAGAGGAGAGGAAAACGUUAGGAUCUGAGCUUGAGCUGGCAUUGAUGGUGGAGAAGUUGCAGGAAUUAAGGUCCAUCAGGAUUCAGAAGUUGAAAAAACAAGGACGGUUUCUUCCGGAUGAGGACGACCAGUUUCUUGAGAGAGUGAAAGCUGCAGUUGAGGAAGAGGAGCGGCUAGCAAUGGCUGCAGCAGGGACAGCGGCUGCAAAGGAUGCCAUAGCAACUGCAGAGGAGUCCAGCAGAAAGUUGGAAAUGGGCCGCCGCAAUAAUAAUAAUGAGAAGAACAUCAAGGACGACAAGAACAGCCAAGAGGCGGCAGCAGCAGUGAUGACUGAACCCGAAGACAAUAAACCAAUGGAACACCACCGAUGUGGAAGAAGUAGUGCUGCUGCUGCUACUUAUGUCUGCUCGCUUAAUUUGCCAAUGGAGUAUUAUCACUACUACUAUGGGAGUAACCAUGAUAUAGGUACCCUUGUGGAGGUUCGAAGAAGAUGGGAUGCUUACUUAAGGUCUGGUGGAAGUCGCAUUCCCAGUCACUGGGUUCAACCCCCACCACCUGCUGACCAGAUAUGGGCUUCCUGCUUGCUCAAACCUUGAUCAACUCUACCUGAGAAGUCUCCUCUGGGAGAACUCGUCUCUAACAUUAUUGUAUUGUUAUUAUUAGUAUUAAUGUUAUUAUUAUUGUUGUUGUUCUAUGUUUGCCCUGUAUUAUUGUUGUUUUGUCCUGAUAGUCUUUUCAUUUCUUUAACAUUUUUGUUUUAGUGUGCAGUCUAUUGGAGUAUUCAUUGUAAACUUUUUUCUUUUAUUGCUAGAUUGUAGGCAAUAAUGCAAAAACUUUAGAUUGGA